AUGAAUGGAUAUGGACAGAGCAGGCAAUUACAGCCAAAGAAAACCCCAAUUUCAGACGACUACCGGCUGACAGGAUCAGUUUUAGGAUUAGGUAUCAAUGGAAAGGUGCAUGUGUGUUAUAGUAGAUCAACACAGCAGAAGUUUGCCCUGAAGGUUUUAAAGGAUGUGCCCAAGGCAAGGCGGGAAGUAGACUUACAGUUGAGAGCCUGCCAGAGCUGCAAUCACAUUGUGAAAAUCCAUGAUGUAUAUGAGAACGCAUACUCAGGGCAGCGAUGUCUUCUUAUAGUUAUGGAAUGCAUGGAAGGUGGGGAGUUGUUUACACGGAUACAGGAGAGGGCAAAUUUAGCUUUCACUGAAAGAGAGGCAGCUGCGGUUAUACACGACAUUGCCAAGGCAAUCGACCAUUUACAUUCCAUGAACAUCGCACACAGAGAUUUGAAGCCAGAAAAUUUGCUGUAUUCAGACAAGUCAGAUAGUGGGCUUCUCAAAUUAACAGAUUUUGGAUUUGCUAAGGAGAUAGGACAACAGAAGUCGCUGCAGACACCUUGCUACACCCCUUAUUAUGUUGCACCAGAGGUGUUAGGUCCGGAGAAGUAUGACAAGUCUUGUGAUAUGUGGUCCUUAGGUGUCAUUAUGUACAUUUUACUAUGUGGCUACCCACCCUUCUAUAGUAACCAUGGAGCUGCCAUAUCACCAGGAAUGAAGAAGAGGAUACGGAAUGGUCUAUAUGAGUUUCCGAACCCAGAGUGGAGCCGAGUUAGUAAUUCAGCUAAAGAUUUGAUAAAAGGAUUGCUACACACAGAUCCAGACAAGAGACUAACCAUUGAACAAGUUAUGCAGAACAAAUGGGUUUCAGUCAACACUUUCGUGCCACAAACACCCCUGAUGUCUGCGCACGUUUUAAAACAAGAGGAAGAUGUAUGGAUGGAAGUUCAGGAGGAAAUGACAAAUGCACUGGCAACCAUGAGAGUUGACUAUGAUCAGGUAGUGAACAUUAAAAACUUGAACCAGUCCAACAAUCCUUUGCUGAAGAAACGAAUGAAACAAGUCCCAGAAGGUGCUGCAGACAUGUCAUGA